UAAUGUUGAUCAUUAAAUAGGUUAAUGUUUAAUAAUACGCAUUAAACAAAAAUGAUUGGUCAACUGCCUGCGACAGGCUUAACCAAUUAUUUUUAUUAAUGCGUAUUAUUUAACACUAACAUCUACAUGGUAUUGUUGGUAAUUUAUAGAACUCGUGUUCUGUAUUUUAUGUGUAGGAUUCAUUCAAUAUUAUUUCUAAAAAUGUCAAAAAAAUGAUUGACUCAAGGCGAAAAUGUACUUGCUUAAUAGAGGGCCGUUCUGCAUAAGUUGAACUUCCUUUUCCUUUUCGAUUCCAUAAAGGGUUCACAAUAAUAAUUAUUGUUCGGGCUUUUACGUAAAUGCCUUAUAUCUAUAAAUAUUAAAUAUAUUAUUUAGAUUUUGUCGAUUACUUCUGAGGAACGAUUGACGUUUGUAUAAGCUUCAUUGUAUUCAAAUAUUUCUUUGUCGUUGUUAAACAGAUUUUGGUGGUGGGUAUCUACACUGUACUUAAUUAUCAUUUUGCAUUUCAAUGACAUAAACAUAAUCAAACAUUUUUAACGAGUUUUUUUCCUGAUGGUGAUAAACUUAAUGGUAUAUUUUACGAGUGAUAAAAUAUCACGUCUGACCUAUUAUGUAAAUUACGUAUUUUUAUGAAUUGUUAAUAUUCGGAACGAUAAAUAAAUGAAAAACGAUACAUUCGAUAAAUCGUAUAUGCAAAAUCUGCAUUGAAGCGACUGUCAACUCUGAAUGAAAAAUUAAAUGUUAAAGUUUACGCCACCAUGGUUUAAUUAAUUUAAUAUAAGAAAUUAUCAAUGUUAUCAGAUUGAAUGUUAGAUUUUAUUAAUGUGGGCGACGAUAAUAGUGUGUUUAUGCCACUAACGUAUUGACAGCUUAGUUUUCAACCUUUCAUCAUGGCCAGGCCUGCAUAACUUAAAAAUAAAAUCCAUUUUAAAAUCAAUUAACACUAAUGGUGUUAAUUUGAAUAAUUUCAUGAAUGAUAAAGUAAAAGUAUGUUCGUGAGGUUGGCAGCCUAACAGCCUGAAGUUGGUGGCCUAACAGCCUGACGUUUACAGCCUAACAGCCUGAAGUUUGCAGCCUUACACCCUAAAGAAAAGUAAGGAUAGUACAAGCAUGAAACCCGUCGGAAAGGAAUCGGCAGCACUUACUUAGACCAUUCCACGUCUUAUUUUAAUAUCGCGAUCUUUAUUAUUUUCUUUAAUAAUGAACUUUAUUUCUUUUUUCAUUCUGACGCUUCGAAAUUUAUGAAGUUAGCAGCCUAUCAGCCUAAGAAAACUAAGGAUAGUACAAACAUGAAAACCGUCGUUUUAUAAUAAAACAGUUUUAAAAGAAGUCAUAAAUAGCUUGGAUUUCGGACAAACUCACUUGACUGCACCGACACAUUUGAUCAGUAUAGAGAUCCUGCAGUUGAAAUUCUGAAAAUCUAAUCUAAAUGGUGUAAAUUAUUUCCUCUUAUAAUAUAAGUGAUUGCAACUGUGAAUCAGUUGUGUCUCAAUUUAUAGUCAUACAUUACGUAUAAUUCAUCUGAUUAAAGCGGUACGUUAGAGACGUGGCCUCCAUGACCUUAUGGUUUAGUUUGAAUUGAAACCACCUGCCUGUCGCCGCUUAGGGUUCGAGUCUCGCAAAGGUCUUUGGAUUCUUUAAAAUGAGGAAGCUAUCAAACAAGCUUACGGAAUAUCGGUGGCUUCCUCUACUCGGAUGUCCGUUUGUGCAUGAAAUAAUGUACAGAGGGGCACCAGAGGUCUUUCUCCACAGAAGAGCUGGAAAGUCGCCAUAUGACCUUAACAGUGUUGGUGUGACUUUAGAAAGGUAAAAUAAGAAUGAAAAAAUAAUUGAACAACAUUAUUUGAACGGUUAAUAUUUAAUAUCAUUAUCACUGAUAAAUGCUACAUUUGAAAGAAGAUAACGUUUUGACAGGCACUUUUGAAAGUAACAUUCAUUUUUGGGGGCUCCAACUUGAUAUAUAUUCAUCUGGUUCAUUUCAACUUUGUGGGUUACCUCUGGUCCGAUAUUUAAAUACUGCGUUAAAGUCUGUCAGAGAAUGUGAAAUGUUGGAUAAUUAAGUAAAGCAUAAGAACAUACUACUAGUAAGCUGUCAAGGGAUACUCUCGUCCAACUAAAAUAAAGGUACAUAUUAUAUAACAGCAUAUGGCUUUAUUGAUUAAAGAUCCUGUAACUCAAUUUUUUAUGGUUUUAUAUCUUAAAUAUAAUGCUCAAAUGAAGAUUUAUCAAUAAUGUAAGUUCAAAAAAGUUUUAUUUGUAAAGAUAUUAGUACAGAAUUCACAUUUUAUGUUAAUAAAGGGAGGUAAUUAGAAAUUCAUUUUCCGUAAAGUCUAAGCCAAAUUUUUCAAAAAGAAAUGAAUCCAUAUAUUUUGAUGAUUACAUAAAAUGUGAACAAAUAUUUGCAGUACAUAUUUUACAUAUUCUUUGAUGUUUGAAAAUUGUUUAGAAGCAUAAUUAAAUACAUAUAUAAAUUUUCACUUAAAUGCGGUUACAACCUUAAUUACAACAUACAACAUCUUUAAAGUAACAUAUGAUAUAAUAUUUCAGAAAAAGGUAUAUAAAGGAAUGGACUUUAAUGUACUGCUACUGGUGCUAGCAUAUAGCGCAAGAUGUCUGUGCGUGUUUGUAUCAACACCAACCAGCAACGCUACAGAAACACAUCGUCUUUAUACAGAUCUCUUCGUGAAUCAGGGUUACAACUCUAAGAUACUGCCAUAUACUAAUCGGUCUGCAAAGUUUGGUGUUACAAUGUCGUUUGUUCUUAAAACGAUAAUUGAUUUAGAUGAAGUAACAGAAACAUUGAAGACAUCAUCUUACAUGGUCAUACGAUGGAACGAUACAUUCUUAAAAUGGAAUAGAACAGAAUACAACUUUUUAUUUAUAACAUACUGGCCUCAGAAUGAUGUUUGGAAGCCAGACAUAGUUCUGGCUAAUUCAGUUAGAUCAUAUGAAAGUUUAGGACAUGAAACUUUAAUGGUUGAAAACUUUUAUAAUGGCACUAUAAAGUGGUUCCCUCAAGAGAUGUUUGAAACGUCCUGCGAUAUAGACAUGAGAUAUUUUCCAUAUGAUGUUCAAACUUGUGAGAUACAGUUUAUGUCUUGGAGCUACGUUAGCGUAAACCUUAGAGCAAGUGAAGAUGAAAUAUCAUUGAGGUAUUACGAUGUAAAUCCUUUAUGGGAAAUCUUAGAAACAAGCGUAAACUAUUCAAAAAGAGCUGGCGUGGAUGUCUUAAUAUAUGAAUUAAAGUUGAAGCGAAAACCCCAGCACGCCCUGUUGACAUUAUUUCUUCCUGUUUUGUUGCUAACCAUUUUAGGACUUUUUGUGUUUGCUAUACCUAACGGGGGUGAUAGAUCAGGAUAUGCAGUUACACUGUUCCUAGCUUUCUCCGUCUACUUAAGUAUUGUAGAUUCUGUUAUGUCGCGGAAUUCCGAGAAGAUAUCACUGUUUUCGAUAUAUUUGGUUGUUCAAACUGUCCAGUCAACCAUCAUCACAAUUUUAUCUGUACUUUUAACAAAAGCGGAAUUAAUGGAAACGAAUUCCACUGUUCCACGUUUUCUGGUGUUUCUAGUUAAAAUUAGCAAAGUAUGUUGUAAGAAAUCUGACAACGUCUAUACAAUUGAAAGCAUUGAAACAGAUACAACUUCGGAUAACAAGAGCGAUAACAAUAAGGAGACGAAAACUGUCAAGGAAACAACACCUUGUACUUGGGACAUGGUUGUAGACGCUGUUGAUAAAAUAGCAUUAAUAUUCUUCACUGUCACUUUUAUUGUAACAACCUAUGAAGGUGCAUUACGAUAG